AUGGGAGUUGGUGGGGGGGGGGGGGGGGGAUUUGGUGGGAGUUGGUUUGGAGUUGGAUUGAAGGGGGUAUGGGUGGUAGGUUGUGGAUGGUAUGGGUGGGGGUUGGGUGGGUUUGGGGGGUUAUUGGAUGGGUAUGGGAUGGGAUAUGUUGUGUUGAGGGAGGUUAGAGGGGUUGGGGAAGGUGGGGGUUUGGGGGUUGGGGGUGUUGGGGGUGUGGGGGGUUGGGGGGUGUUGGGGGGGUGGGGUGGGGGGGGUUUGUGGGUUUUGGGGGGUGGGGGUGGGUGGGUUUGUGGGGGGUAUGGGGGUUUGGGGGUGGGUGGGGGGGGUGGGGGUUUGGGUGGGUUGGGGGGGGGGGGGGGGGUGGUGGUGGGGUGUGGGGUUGGAGGGGGGGGUUUUUUUGGUUGGGGUUGGGGUUGGGGGGGUUGGGUGUGGGGGGGGGGUGGUUUUGGGGGUGUUGGUGGGGGUUGGGUGGGGGUGUUUGGGGGGGGUGUUGUUGGUGGGGGUGUGUGGGGGGUAGGGGGGGUGUGGGGUUUGUGGGGUAGUGGUUUGUUGUGGGGGGUAUGUUGUGGGGUGGGGGUAUUUGGGUGUGUGGGGUAUUGUGGGGGGUUUGUAUGGUUGGGGUGGGUGGGGUGUGGUUGGGGGGGGUUGGGGGGGGGGGGGGGGGGGUGGGGGGGGGGGGGGGGGGGGGGGGGUGUUGGGUGUGGGGGUUUGGGGGGGUGGUAUGGGGGUUUGUGGUUGUGGGUGGGGGUAGUGGGUGGUGGUUUUUUUUGGGGUAUGGGGGGGGGGGGUGGUGUUUAUUGUUGUGGGGUGGGGUGUGGGGGGUGGGGGGGGUGGUGGGGGGUUUUUGUGGGGUUGUGUGUUUUGGGAUGGGGGGUGGUUUUGGGUGUGUGUUUGGUGGGGUUGGGUUAUGAUAGGGGUUUGGGGGGGGGGGGUGGUGUUGGGGGUGGUUGGGGGGGGUUGGGUUUGGUUGGUGGGGGAUGGGUGUGGGUGUGUGUGGGUUGUGGGGGUGGUUUUGGGGGGGGUUUGGGGGUGGGGUGGUGGGGGGGGGGGGGUUUUGGGGGGGUGGGGGGGUUGUUGGGGGGGGGGGUGGGGGGGGGGUUGGGGGGGGGGGGUGGGGGGUGGGGGUGGGGGUGGGGGGGUGUGGGGGUGGGGUGUGUGGUGGUUGGUGGGGUUGGGAGGUUUGUAUGUUUGUUUGGGGGGGGUGAUGGGUGGUGGGUGUUUGGUAUGUUGGUGGAGGGGGGGUGUUUUGUGUGGGUUGGUUGUUUUGUGGGGGGGGUUUUUUGGGGAGGGGUUGUGUUUGGUUUGGGUGGGGGUGGUGUUUGUGGUUGUGGUGGGGUUGUGGUUGUAGAUGGGUGGGGGGUGGAUAUAUUUGUGAUGGAGGGGGGAGGGUGUUUUAGUAGGUUGGGGGUGAAUGGAGGUUGGAGGGGGGGUGAUUUUAGGAUAUGUGUUGGGGUUGGGGGUGGGGGUAUUGUUUGGGGUGUGUGUGUUGGUUGGGGGGGGGUGGUGGGUGGGUGGGGGGUAGGUAUGGUUGGGGGGGUGUGGGUUUGGUGGGGUAUGGUGGGGGGGGGGGGGGGGGGGGUUUGUGGUGGUAUUGUGGUAGGGUUGGGUGUGGGGGGGGGAUAUUUGGUGGGAUGUGUUGGGGUGUGGGGGUUGGGGUGGUUGUGUGUGGUGUGUAUUUGGGGGGGGGGGGGGGGGGGGGGUGGGGUGGUGGUGGGGGGGGGUUGGGGUUUGUGGGGUUGUGGGGGGGGGGGGGGUGGGUGGGUUGUUGGGGGGGUGGUGGGGUGGGGGGGGGGGGGGGGGGGGGGGGGGGUUUGGGGGGGGGGGGUUGUUGGUUGGGGUGGGGGGGGGGGUGGGGGGGUGGUUGUUGGGGGGGGGGUGUGGGGUUGGUUAUUGUGGGGGUUGUGGGGGGUGUGGUUUUGUGGGGUGUAUGUUGUGGUGUGGUUGUUUGUUUUGAGGGGGGGUGUUGUGGGUGGAGUGUGGGGUUGGUUUAGGUGGUUUGGUGUUGGUGUGGGGGGGUGGAGGGGUGUUGGGGGUUUGGGUUGGUGGGGUGUGGGUGGGGGAGUGGUGGAGGGGGGGGUGUUGGGGUUUGGGUUUUGUGUGGAUUGGGUUGGGGGGGGUGUUGUAGUGUGGGGGGGGGUGGGGGUGAUGGGGGAUUUUGUUGGGGUAUGGGGGGUUUAUGUGGGGGGGAGGGGGGGUGGGGGUGUGUGGUUUGGGGGUGUUUUUGGGGAGUUGUUGGGGGUUGGGGGGUGUGGGGGGGGGGGGGGGGGGGGGGGGGGGUGGGGGGUUUGGGGGGUGGUGGGGGGGUGGGGGGGUGGGGGGGAUGGGGGGGUGGGGGGGGUUGGGGGGGUGGGGGGGUGUGUGGGGUGGUUGGGGGUGGUGAUGUUGUAUGUUGGUGGUUUGGGUUGUGGGUUGGGGGGGGGGGGGGGGGGGUGGGGGGGUGUUUUUGUGGGGUGGGGGUGGGGGGGGGGGGGGGUGGGUGUGGGUGUGUGUGGUGUUUUUUGUGUGUUGUGGGUGGUGUGGGGGUUGUGGGGUGUGGGGGGUGGGUGUAUUGGGUUUGGUGUAUGGGGGGGAGAUGGGGUGGGGGGGGGGGGGGGGGGGGGGGGGGUUGGGUGGGGGUGUGGGAGGGGGAUGGGGGGGUUUUGUGUUUGGGUGGUGGUGGGGGGGGGGUGGGGAUGUGGUGGGGGGGGGGUGUGGUGUGGUUGUUGUGGUUGGUGGGGGGUGUUUGAUUGUGUUUGUGUUGGGUGGUUUUUGGUUGGUUUGGGUGGGUGUGUGGGGGGGGGGGGGGGGGGGUUGGGGGGGGGGGUAUAUGUGGUGGUGUGA